AUGAAAAAUUAUAAUUAUCUCUUUAAGUAUAUUAUUGUGGGAAAUACUAGUUAGUAAUUUUAUAAUUGAUGAAGGUGUAGGAAAAAGUUGUUUACUUCUGCAAUAUGUUGAGUAAAAAUUUAGAAGUGCUCAUUAAGUUACAAUGGGAGUAGAAUUUGGAACUAAUAUUAUCUAAUCUAAUAAUCAUGUUAUAAAAUUACAUAUUUGGGAUACUGUAAGAUGACUAUCAAUAAUUUUAGGCUGGAUAAGAAUCUUUUUCAUCAAUGAUUCGUGCUUAUUAUAGAAAGUAUUUUUAGAUUAAAGUAGUGCAAUUGGAUGUGUUUUAGUGUUUGAUUUGACUGAUAGAAAAUCAUUUGAGGCUUUAAUUAAAUGGCAUAAUGAAGUGCUGACUUGUACUGGUAAUGAUAUUUAAAUUAUUAUUGUUGGGAAUAAAAAUGAUUUACAGAAUAGGUAUGCUUUUUCCAUAUUAAUAGUUAGAGAAGUUUAAGAAAAAGAAGCAUUAGCACUUGCCUAAAAAUUUAAUGCAAAUUACAUUGAAGCAUCUGCUUUAAAUGGAUUUAAUGUUGUUGAGAUUUUUGAAAAUCUGACAUAAUAAAUAUUAAAAGAAAUAUAAAAUGGUGAAAUUGAUCCAUAAAAUGAGGUAAAACUUAUAACUAUUAAAAGAUUUAUGGUAUAAAAAUUGGAGAUUUUGAAAAGAGAAGAAAUUCAGACAUCGUUCCUAAAAGUUAAAGAUAUUCAGUAUAAGUGAGUUAUCCUAUUUAAAAACAGAGAUGGGAAUGUUGUUGA